UUCUUCUUUUACGGAUUUGCACUCACCGUUUCUUUCUCUUUGGCCUCCUCAGCUCCAGUCCAGUCCCGACGAAGGUCCUCGUAACACCCCAGGCCACCAAUGUCUUCAUCAACACGAGCAGCGCCCCAAGCGCUCACGACUCCAUUUGUUCUACCGCAGAGUUGUGCGAAUCAGUUCAUCACGACCAGCUUUGCAUCCAGGUCCACCUACGUUACCGUUGUCGCUUCUUGCCCAGCCGAUCCCCGAUUUUCGGCCUGCCAGCCUCCAGGAUGGGACUCGGGUGGCGAGGGCAGCAGUUUCCAGUUCAGCCCGGCCGUUUGCCCGAGCGGGUGGACGGCGUAUAACCUGGGCGGCACCGUGUCUUGGGUUCGUCACGGUGCCAGCAUGAAUCUCAUCACCUCCAAGACGUUCUCCACAGCCUACUGCUGCUCCAGCGGGUUCACCUACUCACACUAUCACGACCUCCUAAUCGACGGCUUUUCCAGGACCCCACUGGCAUGCUUCGCCAACACCACUGACACGGCUGCACCCACCGCCACCGCAUCCCCCGCGGGUUCACCACACCGUCUCCGAGUUCACAACGCGUGGCACAUCUCGUGGGACGCCUCCGACAUCUCUUCGCUCAGCCCAACUCCGCCGCCCUUCGCCCCCUGCACCACCUCACCCGUGAUUCGGUCCUGGGUGCCCGGCGCCACUGUCGAGCCCAAUGCAUUUUUUGUACCUGGAGGCGCUUGUGAGUGGAACGACGGGACAUCACGCUGGAGCAAAGGUGAGACGAUAGGGAUGUGGUUCUUGAUGGUUGGUGUGCCUAUCAUUGGCCUGGCGAUACUGGCGACGUGUCUCGGGUGCUGGUGCCGUCGGCGUCGGCGGAGGGUUAGGGACGGCAGAGAGACAGGGACAAGCCUUUGGCGCCUGGAAAGUCGCCAAAGCGACAUGGCGAAAGCGGACGGGAACGGAAUUCGGACUGAUGGGGGACCCAGGCCAGCGCAUGAGUGACUGAGAGAAUUAAUCGCAAGGUACCUUAAUAAGUUACUUGUUGUGUCACGG